AUGAAUCGGGAGACUUUCGACAUUCAGCCCAUCGGCCGCUUCUAUGGAUCUAAUACUGCCAUUCGGCGGCCAAGGGAAAUUGCGUGUUUCUCCUAUGAUGACCAACACAAAUUUCAUCUUGGAGACUCAUCCCUGCGAUACUACUACCCGCCGCAGCUGCCGGCGGAUCUGAAUCGCGGCUUCGACACCUUUCAGAAGCUGGACGAUGCAGCGGAUGAACAUAUAGAUGCGUUGCUAGAUACCAUUGCCGCUAUGGAAAAAGAGACUGGAAAGCGAUGCGAAGCCGAUAUCAUCACUUGGCGAGGGAUGAUGACCAAGAUUCUCACUGCGCCAUUUGACGAUAUGAAUGGAUUUGAGAUGAACGCAACUUGCUUCCAGGGAACUAUGUGCAAACAGCUCCAGCGUCAACAAAGAAUGCCACCCGGGAUGGCCUCUCAAGACUUGAUGGCUUAUUGGGGCUACAAGUUUGAAACCAUAUCUGUUCUCGACAAGACAUGGGAUGAAGCAAGCAGGGAAGAGAUUGAAGGCCGGGAGAAUCUUGUGGUGAAUAAUAAUGCGCAAUACUGCUCAGUUGUGCGCACUGGUAUCGGACGGACGAAACUUGUCCUCGGGGGAGAAGUCGAUGCCAUCUGGGACAGUAAACCAGAGCGCAAGGAAGACCCAAUCAACUGGGUGGAGCUCAAGACCUCUGCCGAGAUCAGAAAGGAUUGGGACAUGGUCAAAUUCGAGCGGAAACUCCUGAAAUUCUGGGCGCAGUCCUUCCUCCUCGGUGUCCCCAAAAUAGUCGUGGGAUUCCGUGACCAGGGUGGGAUUCUACGACGCUUGGAAGAACUCGAGACAGCCAACAUCCCAAACAGAGUGAGGAAAUCAGGUCGUGGAACAUGGGACGGGAAUAUCUGUAUCAACUUCGCGGCUACUUUUCUGGAGUGGCUUAAAUCGGUAAUCAAAGAGGGAGGAACAUGGAGGCUUCGAAAAGCAGAGAAAUCUUCUGUAAUUGAGGUAUACCAAGUCGAAGAAAGCGGCACUGGCGAUAUCCUUUCGCAAGCUUUCUUGUCCUGGCGCUCAACAACAUGA